UUCAUGACCGUCAGGAGGACACCCACCGGUGAUAGAAACGUGAGGAUGGACGCUUUUUUGCAGUCCAGAGAGGUCAAGGAUCUCCGCAAAGAAUUCCAGACAUGGCAAAAGGGCGUGAGCGAGGCGAUCCUGAAGGAGAGGUGCGCCCGCGAGGAGGCCGCUGCUCUGGCGAGGGAACUGCAGCGCUCGAGGACGCAGCUGCAGGAGGCCGAGAAAUGCAUCGCCGUCUACAACAAGAAGCUGCAGGACCUCGUGCACAACUACGCUGCUCUGGCGCCGGUCAUUGGAAAGAAGAAUCAAUUGGCAAAGGAAGUGACUAGUCUGCACGACAAGCUCCAACAAAUAGAAAAGGAGCACAGCGAGGAGGUCGAGAAACUGAAGGUCCAGAAGGAGGAGGCGGCGCAGGAGGGACGGGAGGUGGCGGAGGCCUUACGCGUCGAGGCUGCCGAGAAAGCCAAGGAAGUGGCAGAGAAACACCAAGCCGCCCUCAAGGAAUUGGAUGACCUCCUGCAGAAGGAGAAACUGGACAAGAAGGCAGAGGCUGAGCAGCACUCGACAGCCUUUGAGGAAAUGAGGCGCAAGCACCACCAAGAAAUGGAGAGCCUGAGAGGCCGUCUGCAACUCCUGCAACAGAACAUGUCGUCCCGAGCCACCAGCAACAUGAACCUCUUUGCUAACAAGCUGCAGGCCACCAGAGCGGAAUUCGAAGACCAAAUUUCGGAGCGCGACUCUCGAAUCGCCAAGUUGGAGGAGGAGCUCGCCAGCGCCAGAGAGUCCCUUCGCCACCAGCAGCUCCUAAGUGUGAUGAGGGGCGUGGUCACAACCUCAGCUGCCACGCCCACUUCCUCACCGAAACGCCGGCCGGAGUCCCGUCGAGCACAGCCUGCUAACCCAAAGGAAAGCGACGGAGACUUCAACGCUGACGAUGAAAAUGAUCCUGGGGCCUCGUCCUCCCCCAGCGCAGCCCCCUUGCUACAGGAGGGAGGCGAUCCCCCCCGAGGACCUGCUUCCGUGGCGGGGGUUUCGAGGCAGGACAAGAAGAGGAAACUUUAUUCAGGGGAGUCUCUGCUACAGGAGCCGAGUAUGUGAGGAUCCGGAUGAGGAUUGAGUGCUGUUUGUUGUAUUAUAUAUAUUUUUUUUUUUUCUUUUUUUUUCUUUUGCCGCGUUGUCUUGUGGUGAUUAUUUUACGUGAAAUUAAAAUAUGUGUUUUUUUUUUUGUGUGUAGCAAGUUCGAGGUUUAAGUUUAUGGGUUUAUUUUUUAUUUUUUUAUUUUUUUUUAUUAAGUGAUGUGUCGUUAAAGGGAAAUCUGCGAUAUUUCGGAUUUCGAAUCACUGUAAACGAGAGGGUCGCUUAAAAGAAACUUUGUUAUUAUUUACCAUUAUUUUAAGAAGAUAAUCCUUCAGUUCAUUAAUAACAGUUUUGAAACCAUUUACACAAUAGAUGUUAUUUUUAUUUUUAAAAAAGUGUAGAUUACCCGGAAAAAAAUUUGGUUUUCUAUUUUAUCGAUGUUUGGGUGAGAAGUCUUCACAGAAAACGGGAUCAGCGAAGUUUUGGUCAACUAAUAUAAACUGAAGAAAGUGGAAGUCACGGUUUAUUAACAUUUAGAAGAGUCAGCUGUUAAAGUUUCACGUGUGGGAAUAAAGGAAAGUUCAGUUUUAGUGAAAAGAUCAGUUUUGUUUUUAAAUGUAUUAACCAGGAAGUGGAAAGGUUGUAGAAUGCGAUAUAUAUUUUACAAUUUAUAUUUUGCCAGUUUGUAAAACAUUAAUUAAUAAAAAAUCAUUACCAUGUACAGUAUCCUAUCCUUUAAGAUAAUGCAAUGGUUUUAAUAAUAUAAAAUCCCAGAUAUACAGCAGCUAUGAAAAUCUGCUUUGAAGAUAUCGCCCUCCUGCACAUAACAUUUUUUUCCUGGACAAAAAAUUGCUUGAUGAGCAGGUUUUGUUCAGCGAAAGCAUACUUAACGUGUUAUGAAGUUACUUGAAUUUAUAAUCGAAUGCGGAAAGCCU